AUGGCAUCUUUGACCAGAACUGCUGUCCUUGUUCUAGUCACGCUUUCCGCGAUAGUAAGCGUCUCCCACGUCCAAGCGCUGCGCGCCACCGAGGUGCGGAAAGCAAGCGACAGCAUCAAGCAGCGGCCGGAUUUCAAGAACGUCCACGACCUGAUCGACAAAUACUUGAAAUCGCUCAUCCCGCUCACAGACAUCACCAUCCUCCUCCCCGCCAACAUCUUCGUGCUACGAAGCUACACCUCGGACCAGCAGACCGCCAUUCUCUCCUUCAACACCAUCACCACGCGCUACCUCUACCGCAACCUCACAAACCUUCCCGGCGGCACGCUGCUCGACACUCUCGAGGGCACGCAGGUCACCAAGCGCGGCCCCAACUUUCAGCCCUUCGUCGCCUUCAAAGGCCCCGCCGCGCUGCCCACCGUGCUCGCUGUGCCGAAUUUGUGGGUAGGCUCGGACUUCACGAUCCAGGGGACCAGCACCCUGCUUAUUCCUCCGGGUAUCUAG